AAAGGAGCUUGCACGCAGUCUGCCACCAGUUGCAGGCGCCGUGUGGCCGACGACACUCGCGGCCUUAUAUAAAUACGCGGGUUUCACGGUUAAUUAUAAUUGUAUCUAUAAUUAUGACAAUUAAAUUAAAAUGGGUCUGGUGUAAAAUUUUUUUUAAGAAAAAAUAGAACAAGUUUUAAUAAUAAAUUGAUUUAUUUUACUCAAGAAGAGAUAUAAUCGUUGAGAAAAUAGCUAGUGAAUUGUCGAUAGAAAGUGCUAUCAAGUUUUGUUUAAAAGUUUUACCAAGAGUUUAUGUAUUAUUCAGUUUUGUUCAAGAAGAACAAGAACUAGAGCAGGAACAAGUUCAAAGUUAAAGAAAAUAUUUAGUAAAAUGGAUGAAAAAGGUGAUGCGUUGGAUAUUCCCCGAGAAGAAACGAGUGUAGAGGAGCUUCAAGAGUUACCGGAUAGAUACGAGGGUAAAGUAACAGCUUCUCUUUACACUAGUACUCUCUUCAUAGCUGCAGUGGCUUCACUCAUCGCACUCAUCACCUUGUGUGUAUUGCACUCCAACAAUCUGAGCGCUGUGGUGUUCCAAAUAUCAGUUAUAACGAUAAUGGUAGUGUCGUCAAUAAGCUUCUUAGUGGUCCUGCAGUUCCCCAUAAUUCUGACCUCAGGACGAGCGCGUUUUAUCAUCGGAUUGUCAGCCUCUUUGGUCCUGGGAGUUGCUGUGUCAGCUCUCGGCGGUGCACUGCCGCUCUUCAUCACUGUCCUGACAAUAAUAGCAAUCUUGCCGCGUAUCAACAACAAUUACUACCCGAGCAUCAUCGCCUUUCUUCUCGCCGGGUCCCACAUUACACAGGGGAUAAUUUCCUGCACCGUCGACCAGCCCGCUCACGCUUGCUACCAGGUUGUCGCGGAUGGUGUUCUACUGCUUUCCGCUUGUCUGGCUGGAAUUUAUUACAGAAUUUUAACCGCGCAAGCUCACAGGCAAACAUUUUCAGGGACUAAAACUGUAAUUGAGUCAAGGAUUAAGCUUGAAUGCGAAAGAGAACAACAGGAACAGUUAUUAUUAAGUGUAAUUCCUGCUUAUAUUGCGGCGGAGGUGAAGCGCAGCAUUAUGCUGAAGAUGGCUGAUGUGUGCCAGGAAGUCAGUAAGCACAAGCCGACACGUUUUCACGAAAUGCAUGUUCAACGCUUCAACAAUGUCAGCAUACUGUACGCAGAUAUCGUUAACUUCACUCCACUUUCGGAGCAAUUAUCAGCGUCGGAUCUUGUAAAAACUUUGAACGAACUCUUUGGAAGAUUUGAUCAAAUAGCUCAGGCAAAUCAAUGCAUGAGGAUCAAGAUUCUAGGUGAUUGCUACUACUGUGUUUCUGGUCUACCAAUUUCUAGGCCAAAUCACGCCAUUAGUUGUGUCAACAUGGGCCUGCAAAUGAUUGAAGCCAUUAGAUUUGUACGAGAAGCUACGGGAUUCAACGUUGAUAUGAGAAUAGGAAUUCAUACCGGAAACGUUUUAUGCGGCGUCCUUGGACUAAGGAAAUGGCAGUUUGACGUUUGGAGUGACGAUGUCACUCUUGCAAAUCAUAUGGAAAGUGGAGGAUUACCUGGACGAGUCCAUGUAACAAAAGCAACAUUAGACCAAUUAGAAAACCGUUUUGAAGUAGAACCAGGGAAUGGAGAAUCGCGGGAUAGUUAUCUAGCGGAUCAUAAAAUAGAAACUUUUUUAAUAAUCCCUCUAAAGAAAAAAACCGAAGAAAGCGAGCUGGAAAAUGGAAAGCUAUCGGGAGUUAAAUCUGCCCCCACUCGCUCUCGACCCGGCAGCAAAAUGACUAAAUAUGUCGAGUGUUGGGGUGCUGAUAAACCUUUUGCAAACAUUGCUGAAUCUACACUUGCAAAAAAUAUCGGCUUAACUAGUAUCGCGAUGAUCGAAUCUAAUUUUUUGACUAAUGACUCUAAUUGUUGCAAUAUGAAACAAUGCUGGGGAAAUAAUGAAGGAAUGUCAUCAACAACUUACUGGUUUAGGGAUAAAAGUCAAGAGACACAGUACCGAGAUCAAAGGGAUGAUCAAUAUCCUUGGUAUGUCAUCGCGUCUAAUGUUUUGUAUCUUACUAUGUUUUGCAUUCAGAUAAUUUAUUCACCAAGGAGCAUAACAAUAUACGGGUGUUUCGGAGCAGGACUUAUCUCCCUGACGAUGUUCUCUGGGAUUUCAUGGUACGCUGAUAAAACCAGCGACAGCUCCAAUGAUCACGAUCACCCGACUGUUUUGAGCCGAGGGAUUAGAAUCACGGUUUAUCUCAUCACGGCAGUUCUUGCGAUCGCUUCGGCUCUUAUUUCUCUCAUUGAUUUUAAUGCUGACGGCAAUAUCGCGCCUAACAAUGCUUAUGUACAUUCGGUAGCAAUUGCAUUAAUAAUAGGAUGGGUACAUCUAAGAGUAGGCUUCCUAUUAAAAUUUUUCGUGAUGCUUUUGUCGAUAAUCACCGUCCUGAUGGUAUUUUUUCAAGCUCAAAUAAUUGGUUCUUACCAGCAGUCCGAGCGAGAGUUCAAUAGAGUGCCGUACUUGAUCCAGAUCGGGUUCCUGCUGCUCUUGAUAGCUUCAAUUCUGCACGUACUGGACCGACAAUUGGAGUUUACCACGCGUACGGACUUCCAAUGUAAGUAUAAAUUGAAAGUUGAGCAAGACGAAGUGGAAACCAUGAGAGGAAUCAACAAAAUCCUGCUGGAGAACAUCUUACCAGCUCACGUCGCUCACCACUUUCUCUCCAUCAGCGACGCCCAGGAACUCUACCACGAGAGGUACAACAGCAUCGCGGUGAUGUUCGCGUCUAUUCCUAAUUAUAAAGAGUUUUAUGAUGAAACUGAUAUUAACAAGCAAGGUCUGGAGUGCCUCAGGCUGCUCAAUGAAAUCAUUUGCGACUUUGACAAGUUGUUGCUCAAGCCUAAGUUUUCUUGUAUUGAGAAGAUUAAGACUAUUGGCAGUACUUAUAUGCUUGCUGCUGGGUUGAAUCCGGGGAAGGAAGAUAAUGAGAAUAAGGAUUUUACAAAGCAAGAAGAACAUAAUGUUAUUGUACUAGUUGAAUUUGCAAUUGCUCUUAUGACGGUACUUGAUCAUAUCAACCGAGAAUCAUUUCAAAGGUUUAAACUUCGCAUGGGUUUGAAUCAUGGACCAGUAAUAGCUGGUGUAGUAGGCGCUCAAAAACCUCAGUACGACAUAUGGGGCAACACAGUCAACGUAGCUUCAAGGAUGGACAGUUGUGGCGAAAUCGGGCGUCUGCAAGUAACCGAAGACUCCGCGAAGAUAUUAAGAAACGCCUGUUAUGAAUUAAUUUGUCGCGGGCCUACCUACGUCAAGGGCAAGGGUACGCUCACGACGUAUUUCGUCAAGACUCCCUUCGACGGCCGUGAAGACAAUUAUUAACUAAUAAUUUACUUUAAGGAUCUAAAUUUGUCUUAGUAUCUUUUUGUACAUAUGUUCAAUAUAAAUGUAGUUGUAUAUUUUAAGAAGAAAUCAAAAUAUAUUUUAAAUUCGAUAAAUAUUAAUAAA